UAACAGCUGACUUUGUACUUGAACGUGUUCUUUCAGCUUGUAUUUUGAGUGAAAAAGUUGAGUUUCGCAAGAGAGACAUAAAUUUUUGAUUUUAAAUAUAUCAAUAUAUAAAAAUGCUCAUAAAAACAGCAGUUAUAAAUGGAGAUCAGCAUAUCUUCACAUGCUUUGAGGUCGGAGUUGAUGAAACUCUCACGUUUUACCUGCACAAUCCGGGCAUGAAUUUGACUUACUCGGAGACCUUACCGAAAUAUCUAUUCCAGGAGCGUUUGAAGAAGUUAAAUGCUCGUGUUAAGUUCCCCGAGGACUUGGUGCGUUUGGCUUUGGUAACGGAAGAACCUCUACAUGCCGAAAUGUGCAAUGUUAGCCCGGUUGUUCUGAAACUUAAAUAUUCCAUUAUCGAUGCUGCAGUUUCUCUAAAGUGGAACUGGUUAGUGAGUCCUAUGGACAGUUCCGAGUUCUUUCGCCAAAUCUGCAUUGAUGUAAUGGCAACGGCUGGAGGAUUACGAGAGCAAGUCACCGUUUUGACUGGGCUCCUAAGGGCCAAGGAUAAAGAGCUAAAUAAGUAUAACUUCGAGAAUGGCAAAUCCAUUGCUGAAAGGAAUUCGUUCGACGUUGAGGCUUUUAAUAAAUGCCACCAGGAAUUACUGGCCAAUGCCGCUGCCUAUUCAAAAGUGAGGGAUGUGUUUGAAGACGAAGUUCCCUCACUAAUAUGCAAGACCCCCUUAACUGGCUCCACACUCUCCCCCGUCACACCCAGCCCAAAAACACCUCCACGCUCAAGGAAGCGCAAGCUCCUUGAAAGCAAAAUCAAUCAUAUGGAGCGAAAGGUGAUGCAGCGUCUUGCCAACUCACAAUCCUCAAACCUCAUCCAGUACAAAAACUCACAGAGUUCGCAAGAAAUGAACUGCGAUGACUAUUUUGAAGAGAUACAACCAAGAGAUCAGAAAGGUGCUAUAUUAGAUGAUGUUAAACCCUCGACAUCGACGCGACAAAGCUUGAAAAAGAGUACCAAUCCAGUUGAAAGCGAUGGAAAUAAUUGUGUCCUUCCCCAAGCCGGCGCAUCCCACUCAAAAGCUGCUGUGCUGAACGAAUCUCCGAAGGAUAAGUGUGAGACUGAAGAAGAAAUGAUGUCAACGCCCGACACUUUACGAACAAUCGCAGAUCUCACUGAGACUCCUCGAGAAGUAUUUAAUUUUAAAAUAACCGUUUCUGAUAGCCCUGAAACUCCGGAAGACAAAAGGGUAACAGAACAGGAAACUGAGCCACCGGAGGAGCUCACUGAACUGGAAGAGAUUCGGGCCAUAUUAGAUCGUGCUUCUGCUAUUACCAAAAAAGUCAUUGAAAAGCAUAACAAUAACAAAAAAGAGGAGCAUGGCAAUACUUGCACUCUAAAUGGUGAUGAAAGCGAUGAAAGCUAUGAUUAAACUGAAUUCCAUAAUUAUUAUAUUUUAUCUAUAAAAGAUAAAAGCUGACUAUAAAUCUCCAGUGAUAACAUAUAUUACUAAUAUAAUUUUCUGCCAAAGAUGUAAAGAUUAAGUUCCGUCAACAAUCAAUCAAAAGCGGAAAAUUUGAUCCUAAUUCAAGGGGUUAGAAAAAGAAGAAGAUCCUUACCCUAUAUUCGUAGAGUGAAUCCGAAUACUUAUAUAUAGAAGGCUUAUCACUGACGUGCACACUGAAUGAUAUCCACUUGUACCUGUUUAAUGGCUGGAAAAUCCGAUUAGUCACGGUUUUAUAAUGAAAACGCCGCCAUGUUAUGGAUAUUUACUUUUUUUUUUUUUUAACAAAUAUUUUCUACUUAAACUGUUGAUAUUUUUGUUACACUUUUGAUAUACCAAAAACUGGUUAAAACAAAAAUAAAAUACAAAUAAAAAAGAGA